GCCGCCUCCACCCACUCGAGAUUCCCUCGGGAUACAUCCCCCACCCCCAGCAACCUCCGACCACCUCCCUGGAUUUCAGCGCCACCCAGUCGCCGCCUCCUUCCCUCCUCCCUUUCAUCCACCACCAAAUCCACCCCCGUAGCCAUCCUCGGUUCCCUCCGCUGCCAAUCUCCCGCGCUUCCGCUUGAUCUUCCCGAGAUCCAGCAGAGCUCUCACCCGCCCCCGCUCCCACCGUCGACCACAAGCCGCUGCCCGUCGGAACAGAAACAACCAGCACCACUCCCUGUGGCCCUCCUCGAACCACAGUAGCCUGCGCAGCCUCCUCCUUCUUGCCUCGCUCAAGCCCUAGGGUGCCGCCUUUGCCCGACGCCUACCGUCCCCGCCAUGGAUUGGAGCCCGCCUCUGCUUCUGAUCCGCGCCACCCCAGGAACCAACGACGCCGGAGCCCCUCGUCACCUCGCCACCUUCUUCGCGGGAGCUGCCUCGCGUCCCUGUGCUCCCUCCUCAUCGCGCGCCCAAGCGACGCGCCCGUCCCGAGCUCCAGCCCGCCGGCCACCUUCUCCAGUCAGAUUCGCCUGGUCUCGGGCAUCUUCAUCGACUGCCAGCAACCCCCUGCCCGCCUUGUGCAUCGCUGUCAUCGUCUUUGUGCCGCAGCCAGGCGCUGCUCCGCGCCGCGCUGCAUCCUUCUGUCGGGAGCAGACAGAGGAAGCCGCCCAUGCCACGUUGACCGCCAAGUCCCACGCCGCCCUGCCUUCUCUUUCAUGUCCUGCCAGCUUCGUCGCCGCUCGCCUCUCGUCAACCUUCCUUUUCGCCUCCCAAGCCAUGCCCUCGCCGGCCGGAGUUCCUGCCUUCUGCCGCAUCCUCGUUCGAGCGCUCGAGCACCGCCCCACGUUGGCCGCUCCAGCGACGUGCGCUCGCCUAGCGCCAUCCUGGGCCACGCCUGCUUCCCCCACCUCAUGGCCCAGUUCCAAUGCCAAGGCCCAACUAGGCUUUGAUUUCGUUCCGGAGUUGUGAGGAUUCGUUCGACUA